AUGACAUAUUUCGUGGUGUGUGCUGUGUGUUGGGAAGUAAUACGUGACGGUGAUGUCUGCACAGGUGUUGGCCGAGUUCUCUGUGGGAAUCCACUACAGGCUGCUCGAGCUCGAAGACAGAAAAUAAAGCUCCAAAACUCUAGCUCUCAAACUCGUCCCAGCACACGGAUCAGUAGCUUCGUUCCUGAACACACGUUUGAGCAUGAAGAGUGGAGCAGCCGGGAUCACAGGGAUGUUUUUACUGAACUCAGAAGCUGGAGGAUUGAGCACAACAAACGUCUGUUGGUUAUUGAGAAGGAGCGGCAGCCGCAGGUGAUGAGGAUCCACCACAGCGAUGAUGAAGAUGAUGAUGAAGGCAGUCACAGCCAUAGUUUCAGCAGCGAUGACAUCACUAGAGACACAAGCUCUCCUGAUUGGUCCGUUCAGUGUCCCUCAGCAGAAUCUGCAGAGACGUUGAGACUCAGCUCUUCAUCAGGCUGUUCGAUGUCUCCCUCUCCUCCACCCAGAGCAGCAGCAGCUCCCCCUGCUGGCCGGAGGAUCACGCAGAUCCGCACUCGGAGACUCAGAGCUCAUCCUGCAGACGUCAGUAAAGCGAGAGCAUCAGAGGAGACUCAUGGGACUGAGAGCAUCAUGACUGUAAGAUCUCAGACUGCAUGUCCUCAAAUCAUCCACAAACCUCACAGACCCUCCACCAGUCCUCUUAGAGCACAAUGGUCAGAAGCUACUGAGGAUCAUCAACACUCAGACAUCCAACAUAAACCAAUAAUAGGCUCUGAAAAACUGACGCCCAGAUGCCCACAAACAGCCAGAGCUGCACUGCAGAGACUUCCAGACCGGAAACACCCGCCUGAAGUGAUGCAUUGUGGAAGUAUUUCAGGUUUGAUUGACAGGAGAGUCUCAGCACAGAUAUCAUGUGAUCUCUGACACAGACUG